GCCAUCCCGAUUUCUUGAGGCAACUGAUAAAAGUUAUGCAGAUCGAGACGUUCUUCAAAGAUGACAUGAUCUGUCAGCAGGGCGAUAUUAACGAAACUAUCUACUUCGUUCAUCAAGGCACCGUUGAUGUUCUAUUCUUGACUGAAACUGAAGAGAUCAAGGUUGAUCAGUUGGAGGAAUUGGAUUGCUUCGGAAUUAUACAGGGUUUGUUCCCGAAAACUCCUCACACUCAUUCCUUCAGGGCCACCACAGUCACCGUUCUUAUUACGUUAAAGCUCGGCGACUGGUACAUGAUGCUUCAAUUCUUUCCUGCAUCCAAGUUCUAUAUUUACGAUAAGAUGUCGGCUAUGCAUUGAUAUUUGGUAAUAAAUA